AUGUUGAAUAAACCUGAUGUUUUAACUAUGUUAAUUAAGAAUAUUAAUGGAAAUGUUAAUCGUAAUGCUAUUCAUACAGAUCUUAUGUUCAAUUAUCGCCAUGCAUUGGAUGCAAAACAGCAUCAAGUUUUGAAAAAUAAGCCCAAUGCAUUAUUAUUUCAGUUAUAUAUCGAUGAUAUAGGAUUAACGAAUCCAAUAGGUCCUAAGAAAGACACUCAAAAGAUUACAAUGAUAUACUUUCAAUUAGAAGAUUUACCUGAUACAGUUAGAUCAAUGUUAAAUUCCAUAGGACUUAUUGCAAUGUGUCAUUCGAGUUAUUUAUGUAAUAAGUCGAAUAGAAAAAAAUUCUUCGAUGCAAUAAUUGAAUACCUUAAUGCUCUACAAUCGACUGGCAUUUUUAUUCCAACUCUUCGUUAUCAUUUGAAUUUUACCUUUACCAUCUUGGCUGGUGAUCAUUUAGCUUCUAAUGAUAUCGGUGGUUUUCAAAAAAUUUUUAGCACCGGCGAGUUCUGCCGACAUUGUCAUAUAAAUUAUGAUCAAAAACUUAUUCCUUUAAAUCAAAUUUCUCAUCCUCGUCGAAUCACAGAUCAACAUAAUUAUAUAGUUCAAAAAGUUAUUGAUUUAGAUAAUAAUGCUGUGUUACAAGGUGUUGCUGAUAGAAGUCCAUUAGCAAACCUAAUAGGUUUUCAUGCUGUAAGAUCGCUACCGAAUGACCCUAUGCAUGACUUUCAUGAAGGUGUUUGUGGUCAAUUAUUAAUGGCUAUACUGAAAGAAGCUUCAGCAAAAAGACUCCUUACUUAUGGUGAAAUCGAAAGUCGUUUGAUAUCAUUUGAAUAUGGAAUGAAUGAUAAAUCAAAUAAACCACCUAUUUUACGAAAAAAGCACUUGAACAAAGGGAAAUUUGUUGGAGAAGACAUUGAUGGUGAAACACUUUUUUAUUUACCACAAUAUAUGAUGUACGACAUAAUCAAACCUAUGAAAGAACGGGUACAUUUUUUAGCUGAACAUCGUGAUUUAUUUCAUGGAGCAUUUCGAAAUAAUUCUGAUCAAGGAAUCUCUGAAAAAUAUAUUAAUCAUUUACAAGAUAACAAUUCUCAACAAUUAUUAGAGAAACGUAAUUUUAAUCAAGUUACAACACAGACAACAGUCACUGAUAAUAAUGUUGAACCACCAGAAGAAUGGAAUAUUGAAUUACAGCGACUUUUUCAUCUUCUCAUGAGCCGAUUUAUUCCAUUAGGUCCUGAAGAAACCUUAAAAAGUUUAAUUUUUCAAUGGUUUGAAUCUGGUGAAAUGAGUCUUGAAACUUGGCGUGAAUGGAGUAAGUGGUUUAAUGAAGGUGUAAAAUUGAGCACUCUCAAAGCGAUAAAAUGGCCACAGGCUUCGCCGGGAGGCGUCAUUCAAUUGAAUUUUCACAGAGCUCUGAAAACUAUUCCAACAGAUGAUUUUCAAGAAAAAGAUGGACUUAUCGCUGUCUUGAAAUUGUACCUACAAGAACCGGAAAUUAAAAUAGACGAAAAUGGAACCACGUUGAAUGUGGUCGGUCGCACCAUUUUUUUAAGUUCCAUUAAGAAGAAAAUUGAAAGCAUGAUGCAAGGAACCACUAUUCUACAAGUAGAUAUUGUUGCUCGAGACGUGUUUCACAUUGAUACUGAUUUGGAAGGUAAAGAUUGGCAGGGAAAAAAUUUGUGCGUUGUUACUGAGAAAGUCAACGUAUGGGGUGAUCGGAUAAUUGAUGUUUCCGGCAGCGGUUAUGCGGAACAAAAUUGGAAAGCUCAAAAUGGUGGAAUUGGCUGUGAUGGUGAAAAUGGCAAAGAUGGACGUCCAGGAGAAUCCAGCGGCAACAUUGCUAUCAUGACAAAAGACAUUUUAAAUCCGCAAAAACUCAAACUUGUCCUUAACGGAGGAAAUGGCGAAAAUGGGCAAAACGGAGGUGACGGUGGUGAUGGUGCUGAUGGAAAAGGAGUGACCAUGGAUGAGCUUAAAGCUGCUUGUGUCAAGUACGACAAUCCCAACAAAAGAACAAUGAUCUAUUCACUUGCAAGCUACGCUGGAUGGACGUAUUCAUGGUAUGAGCUUUUUGUUUGGAUCCAAGGCACUGACGGUACUGCUGGAGGUGUUGGUGGACGCAAUGGCUGUGGUGGGGAAGGUGGCAAUCAAGGCGAAUGCAAUGUCAUUAAUUCCGACACUGGUGUUGAAUUUACUGCUGUCAAUAUAACCAAGAAUCCAGGUCGUAAUGGAACUGAUGGAACUGUUGGUGAAUGUGGAAAGUCCGGAAAUAAUGGAAAUCACAUGGCAGUCAUUGAUCGGUCUGCAAGUGGAACAAACAAAUUUUUCUAUGGGGAAAAAUCUGCCACAAGAUUGAAAAUGGAGUAUUACGUCAAAUCGGAUACUAAACGCCGCAUAAAUGGUUAUCGAAAACACGUUGAAGAUGAAUCAUCUGUUUUUGGUGAAUUUGAAUUUCAAGAUGUUCCCAAAGGAGGAAUCAGAAAGACGAAACAAAAGCAGAAACAAGAACGAUCUACUGAAGCUCAAACCACAAUGAAGAAAUCUAUUGUGCUCAAUAAAUUGUGGGAAAAAGCGGCUGAACACACAGCUCAACUCGAUGGAGCACUAGCUGCGGCUAUGGUCACGGCAGCUGCGAUCAAGAAAUGCGCGCAGGAACGUAGUGCCACAAAACGCAGCGAAAUUAUUGCUUCUGUUGAAAACUUCUUGACAACACAUCCAAUCGAACCUGUUGAAGCUGCGUUGAAAUGGGUAAAUGCUCCUCAACCUCUAAUUGCUCUAGGGCUGAUCUACGUUGAUCAACAAGAAUAUCCUCGAGCCAACACAAUUUUCGAUUCUGUAAUCACAAAAUGCCCAGAAUUUGCCGGUGAAGCAGGCUACUACAAAGGCAUCAUUGAACAACAAUCAGUCCGCAAAGUCAAGGAAAUUCCGAAAGAUAUUAAGGAAUCAAUUACCAAAAAGACGCCUCAAUUUGUGAUUAAGGCAUUGUCUGGGAAUUUUGCUAAUACAACAUCCGAAGCAUAUGAAACGGCGAAGAAAGCUUUGAAAGAUUGGUUACCCGAUAAUGUUUGUGAAAUCGAUGACGUUCAACGAAUCAAAACCGAGGAUUAUCUGUUGCAAGCAAUUCGAACACUCAAUCAACGAACAGAAAAUAAGGAAACAUUGCACACAAUCGUUUCUCGUUUAAGAAAAGUCGUUGGUUCGAAAACAAUUGCAUCCAGUGGAUUUCAAAAUCAAACUGAAGAAUUGAAGACGACUUUGGAUUGCCUUAGUAGCAGCGCUUAUGACAUGAUAGGACAUGCAAUUCUUCAAGGAACAAAUUGA